UUGAGUUUGAUUGCUCUAUUAUCAAUCAAUUUAAAAGGGACAGCCGGAUUCAAAAUGCAGAAGUCUACAAUUCUUCUAUGUGUACUUGCGGUAGCUUUCACAGCUAGCCAAGUAACUGCUGUCAACCAAUGUGAUGAGUUCUGGACUUAUUUCCAAAUGACCAACUCCUGCUACUGGGCUGGUGAUGGACUUGACUUCGAUGCUGCUGAAGCAAGUUGUGUAAACUUAGGUGGUCAUUUGGCUUCCAUUCACAACAGUUUUGAAAACGGUUUCGUCGCGACUUUGACUGAAACUGGUGAAAGACAGAAAGAUGAUCAGAUGACCUGGAUUGGACUUCACUUUGCGGGCAACAACUGGCAAUGGACAGAUGGCACAAACAGUGCUUAUCAACAGUGGAUCAGAGGGGAUCCAAAAAAUGUAAAGAAAGACGAUUGUGUUAGCAUUCUUCAAGAUGAUUUGGGAUCCCACAAGAAUACAAAGGGAGAAUGGCACAACGUUGAGUGCAAUGUUCGUAUGCGUAAAUUUGUUUGCAAAAAGAAUGCUAAUUACUGA